GCUGUAGUAAAAGUCAGCUCUCACUUGCCCUGGCUUGCUCUCGCCUGCUCUUAUUUGGUUUGCUCCAAACGCGUGAGUGACCGCGUGGCGAUUCCAAAGUGACCAGACGCAACUCAAGUUAUCAAGAAAAAACGAGUUCGGGGCAGAAGGACAAGUUUUCAGGAGAAGUACCGUCUGUAGAAUUGUCCUAAUAAUAAGAAUUGAAAGAAAAGCAAGAUCAGGAUCGUUUUGUCACUUGAGUGCGUCGUUGGAGCGUGCUGUCUGUCAAUCAUGACAGAGAAAGCCACGCUGAAUGAAGACGAGGACGGCGCAUGGCUGACUGAGAGUCAGUCUCAAGUGGCCCUCAGUUCCGACGCCAACCAAGCCGGCGAUGGAGACAGGCCAGCCUGGGAUUCCAAGAUCCAGUACGUGUUGGCCCAGGUGGGCUUUAGUGUUGGCUUGGGGAACGUGUGGAGGUUCCCCUAUCUGUGCCAUCAGAACGGUGGCGGGGCCUUUAUGCUGUUGUAUGUUUUUCUUCUGGCUGUGGUUGGCGUUCCCCUCUUCUUCAUGGAGUUGGCGGCCGGACAGAGCAUCCGGCAAGGAAGCAUCGGCGUGUGGAAGCACAUUUCCCCCAAACUGGCCGGCAUCGGCUACUCCAGCUGCUUGGUUUGUUUUUACGUGGCUCUGUACUACAAUGUGAUUAUUGCAUGGAGCCUUUUCUACAUGGGCAACUCCUUCCAGUAUCCUCUCCCGUGGGAGAACUGUCCCAUCGAUGAGGCCACUAAUGACACAGUGAGAGAAUGCGCAGAGAGUUCGGCCACAUCCUAUUUCUGGUUUCGGAAAGCUCUGAACAUCACAAAUUCCAUCGAGGAAUCGGGAGAGUUUAAUUCCGUCAUGACGGGCUGCUUAUUGGCCGCGUGGACCAUCGUCUCCUUGGCCAUGAUUAAAGGCAUCAAGUCGUCUGCAAAGGUGAUGUACUUCUCCUCGGUCUUUCCCUAUGUGGUGCUCUUCAUUUUCCUCAUCAGAGGCGUGACAUUGGAUGGAGCAAUAGAAGGAAUCACGUAUAUGUUUUAUCCCAGGCUGGAGAUUUGGGGGAACAUGCAAGUAUGGCGGCAGGCUGCUACUCAAGUGUUUUUUGCCCUGGGGUUGGGCUACGGCUCCGUCAUUGCGUAUUCCUCCUACAAUCCGGUCCAAAAUAACUGCCACAGAGACGCUCUGAUGGUGUCGGCCAUCAACUUCAUGACGUCCGUCCUGGCCUCGCUGGUUGUUUUUGUCAUCCUGGGUUUCCGGGCCAAGAACAUCGCCAAGGACUGCGUGGCUGAAAACGUUGGCCUCCUAAGCAACACGUGGAUCCAGGAGGACCAUCACGGCUGGCCGAGGUUCAACGUGAGCGAGCCGACCUCCGUGUCUGUAUCGGACUACAGAGAGUGGUACGGCCACUAUGGAUCCUCCAUGGGUCUCAACGUUACCGACUGCAAUCUGGAGGAGGAGAUGAAAAAGGGAGUGGAAGGCACAGGCUUGGCUUUCAUCGCGUUCACUGAGGUGAUGGCUCUGUUCCCAGCCAGUCCCUUUUGGUCAGCGCUAUUCUUCCUCAUGCUGCUCAACUUGGGCAUGAGCACCAUGUUUGGGACCAUGCAGGGAAUUCUCACGCCUCUCAUGGACAAUUUCCAGCUGCUGGGACGCCACCGCACCUUACUCACUGUGUGCAGCUGUGCUUUGGGAUUCCUGCUAGGACUUCUGUUCACUCAGAGAUCGGGGAACUACUUUGUGGCCAUGUUUGACGACUACUCGGCCACGCUGCCUUUAGUCAUUGUUGUCAUCUUUGAAACCAUCAGCGUCUCCUGGGUUUAUGGCACUGAUCGCUUCCUUGACGAUAUUGAAGACAUGCUGAAAUGGCGCCCUCCAGUGGUGUACAAAUAUCUUUGGAAAUAUGUGUGUUUACUGGCCAUGAUUGGUCUUCUGGCUGCCAGUUUAUUGAGAAUGGUCUUCAAAGGGCCCACAUACACCGCCUGGAAUGAAAGCACGGCCUCUGAGAUGACUUUGGAAUACCCGAGCUGGGCUCUGGCUAUGAUCGUGCUCCUCAUCGUCUUUGCCAGCCUGCCGGUACCCAUCGGAUACAUAUAUUCGACACUGCAGAACCGCAGGCUUCUUGGCGCCGACCUCGUGGAGGGCGAUGGCAAGGAGGUCAACCGUGACUUAUACGUCAAGUGCAGUUCCGUCGAACAGCUGGAUUUCAACUCCCACCAAGCGGCCACAGAAGAAGACGCCGUCUGUCCCAGGACGGCGUUCCUGCCGGUGGGCAGCGAACACUACCACCUCUUGCCCCAGCAGGAGGACGAGGAGGAGGACGGGGAGGAGCAGGACACUGGAGUGUGAGGAUAUGAGGGCCCGUCAGGGUAGAAGAUAGUUUUCAAGUGUAGGUCUUCGGCGAGCAAAGAAGCGAGACCUGGGCGCAUGACUAGCAUGCUGCCUUAAAAGACAAUUAAAGGAGCUGCUAUGACUGGCCAUGAUUGUGAGCACCCACACUACAGCGCAGCACUCCCUCUCUCAGGUCUGGCGGCCUGCAUCUGUGAAAUGACCAAUAUUGGGUCAAAGCCACCUCCUAUUCCUCUUGUUGAAGUUUUAUUGAGCAUUUUCAUUUGCUAAGAGUGAUCUUGAUCAUGUCUGGGCCGAUGUGCAUGGCAGUUUAUACUUGUAGACGUAAUAACUGGAGUGCAAAUGAACUUCUUACGUUUCUCCUCCUAUGUUGAUAGUGUCAAUUUAAUUAUUCCUGUUGUAUAGAUGUAGAUUUUAUUAAACAAUUUUGAAUUG